AUGAAGAGAUUUCAUUUCUCGCCAACAAAAUUAAACGAAACUCCAAAUCAAGAUGAUCUGAGAGUUGUAUAUAUUGGUUCCAGUCGUGCGCCCGAUGAAUUAAAAGGGUUUGAUGAAAAUUUAACAGAAUAUGAUUCAUGUGAAGCUUGUGAAAAACAUAUAAAGAAAGUUGAAAGUGAACGUAAAUUUCUUCUGAUAUUAAAAGGGUUUUUACCUAAAACAGCUUUGGAAAACUUAUAUCAAAUCCAAUCGAUUUAUAUUUUAAAAGAAAAAUAUCAAAAGCUGGAAGAUACUUCACAAAAUCAUCGAAAAAUAAUUGGAAUAUUUGACGAUGUCGAUACAUUAAUCAACCGGUUGCAUAAAGAUAUCAUAUUAGGAUACGGAACUGAUUUACCCAUCAGUAUAUCUCCUUUGCAUGAAAUCAAAAAUGAGCAAUCAUUAACCAAAGUCGAUGGAAAUACAUUAAUGUUUUUAUGGGAACAAAUUUUUCUUAAUUAUCUAGUUCAUCCUAUGACAUCCACUAUGGAGCAAUUAAAAACUGAUAUGUUAAAACAAUGUGAAUUAGAUUAUAAACAUGAUAAAGUUCAACUACAGUUGAUCAAGACGUUUGGUGAAAAUUGUUCAGAUAACAAUGCAUUAGAAUGGUAUAGCAAAGAUUGUUUUCUAUAUCGAAUUUUAAACAAAGCCUUUCGAACGAGAAAUAUUGACCUUAUGUGUAAAUUUCAAUAUUUCAUUAUUCAUCUAUAUCAAAACUUUCAACGUUUAUCCAAAUCACAAGAGAAAACUUGUUCAGUUGUUUAUCGAGGACAAAUUAUGAAGAAGAGUGAACUUGAGAAAUUAAAAUCAAAUAUUGGACGUUUAAUUUCGAUCAAUACGAUUCUAUCAACAUCAUGUAAUAAAGAUAUUGCAUAUUCAUUUAUUCUUGGAGCUGAUGAUGGAGUGAUUUUUAAAAUAAAUAUUCCAGAUGGAAGUGAGAAGUCAUUUCGACCAUUUGUUGAUAUUUCACAAUUUAGUACAAUGCCAUGGGAAGGAGAAGUAUUAUUUUUUCUUGGCACUGUUUUUUCUCUUGAUUCUGUUCAACAUCUACCUGACUUACCAUGUAUUAUUGAACUGACACUGAAUAAUGAUCCAGUGAACCAUCUUAGAAAGUUAGUUUCUAUAUUCGCACCAGGAAAUCAGAUGAAUACAGAUAUGUAUCUUUCCAUCAUGAAAACAAGUGAACCAUAUCAGAUCAUUCAAGGAUUUUUUAAUUUGAUCGUCGAUCCAUUUAUUAAAGAAAUUAAAAGCAAUCAUCAUUUAAUUAUGCAAACAGAUGAUUUUAAUAUGAUCGAACGAUACUAUCAUAUAUUAACAGGAAAACCAUUUUCAUUAAGCAAUAGCCCUACGAUGAUGGCUUAUAUUCAUUUCGCUUUUGUUCUCAGUAAUUUAGGCUUCUAUGACAAAGCGAUUCGGUUAUAUGAACAAGUUCUUUCGCUUGAUAAUAUUUCUUCAACGAGUCCUCAGUUUCUAGUUAUUCAUAUUAUCAUCGGGCAUCUUUAUUAUCAUUCGUCUCAAUAUGAUCAAGCUUCUUUGCAUUAUGCUAUUGUAUUAUCCAUAUUAGAUGAAGAAAAUUUAUUAACAGGCGAACUUUACAGAUAUAUUGCUGAUAUAAAGAGGAAAAACGGCGAUGUAUACACCAGUUUAUUAUAUUACCAAGAAGCAUUGAAAUCUGCAAAAAAUCGAUAUAUUCCGUCUCUACGACAUAUUUAUCUAGAGAUCAUCGAUAUAUUAGAAAAGCAAGAGAACGUUGGUGAGGCUGUUGCUUAUAAAAGCCAGUUAAAUGAAAUCAAUCCGAAAGAAUAUUAUAUAUCAGUAUCAACGUGGGGUAAUUCAAAUCUUCUAGAUGAUUGUCGAAACCAAUUGAAUAACGAGCAGCAACCAAUUGAACGUGCUGAUUUAUUAUAUAAAAUUGGUUUACAUUAUGAAGUACAAGGCCAUUUUAAAGAAGCUUUAGAACAUCUUUUACAGGCGAAAGAUCUCUAUAUAACUCAACCACCAUCAUGGGAUCGUUUUCCUAGACAUCUGCCGAUAUUAUUCGAUAACAUUGCGAUGCUUUAUCUACUCUUUAAAGAUUAUUUGAAGGCGUUAAUUAUGUGGAGAAAAGCUAUUGACAUACGGAUUAGUUUUGUUCCUUAUUAA